AUGAUGCUGCAAGUCAUCCAUCCAUCUACCUAUCCACCAAUCCAUAUAUCCAUCUUUCCAUUCACAUAUCUAUCUGUUCACCUACCUAUCCACUUAUCCAUCCAUCCACCCAUCCACCCAUCCACCCUCCCACCCACCCAUCCAUCCACCCACCCACCCAUCCAUCCAUCUACAUAUCCACUCAUCCACCCACCCAUUCAUCCAUCCUUCCAUCCAUCCAUUCUUCCAACCAUCCAUCCAUCCACACAUCCACCCCUCCACCCCUCCAUCCACCCACCCCUCCACCCACCCACCCCUCCACCACCCACCUACCCACCCAACCAUCCACUCACCCACCCAUCCACCCAUCCAUCCAUCUACAUAUCCACUCAUAUCCACUCAUCCACCCACCCAUUCAUCCAUCCCUCCAUCCCUCCAUCUGUCCAUCUGUCCAUCCACCUACCCACCCACCCACCCAUCCACCCAUCCACCCACCCAUCCAUCCACCCACCCAUCCAUCCAUCUACAUAUCCACUCAUCCACCCACCCAUUCAUCCAUCCUUCCAUCCCUCCAUCCACCCCUCCACCCCUCCACCCACCCACCCAUCCAUCCAUCUACAUAUCCACUCAUCCACCCACCCAUUCAUCCAUCCCUCGAUCCCUCCAUCUGUCCAUCCGUCCAUCCGUCCAUCUGUCCAUCCACCUACCCACCCAUCCAUCCACCCAUCCACCCACCCAUCCAUCCACCCACCCAUCCAUCUACAUAUCCACUCAUCCACCCACCCAUUCGUCCAUCCUUCCAUCCAUCCAUCCAUUCAUCCAUCUAUCCACCCAUCAUCCAUCAUCCAUGCAUCCACCCACCGAUCCAUCCAUUACUUUCUGAGAUUGGAUGAUCGCCCUCACGCGUAUCCAGGCUUUCAUACCUGA